GUAUGAGUGUUUAGAUCAGUAUGUCUGAAGGAAUAGUCUACGCUGAUGUGAAGUUCAAGAAGCGCCAGAGGACUGAAGGAAAAGAUGGUGCAAUAGCAUCCACAGCGAAUGAUGCCACGUACUCUGAAAUCUCAAUUCCCAAAGCCGGACGCAACCAGCCAUCUACCGACACUAAUGCUGGUGACCCUGAUUCUCAGGAGGGGUCAAAGGUCAAACCAGGUGGAUAUGACCCUGUCAAAGUGGUCCUGGUGACACUCUGUGUUCUUCUGAUGGGUGCUGUCAUUGGACUUGUGUUCCUGUAUAUCAGCAACCUGCCAACCAAAAACACAGAGCUCCAAAUUCUGCAAGCGGCUUACAAUCAAAAUCUUACAUCAGGGAAUAAAGACAGUCCUAAACCUAGGAACUGUGCUGAAGACUGGGAGUAUUAUGGGGGGAAGUGCUAUUACUUCUCCCCUGAUGAACUGACCUGGGCUCAGAGUCGGGAUGAGUGUAUCACCAGGGGGGGACACCUUGUCAUCAUAGGGAGCCGAGAGGAGCAGAAUUUCUUAGAUCAGAAAAUUGUUACAAAAAUGCUUAAAAAGGCUGAAGACAAGUUCUGGAUUGGGCUGACGGACAGUACAAACGAGAAUGAGUGGUUAUGGGUGGACAAUUCAUCUCUCAAUUCAAGCACAAGUUUCUGGUUUGGUAAGAAGGAGCCUGAUGACUGGAAAGGAGAAAAAGGAGAAUAUCCCGAGGGUGAAGACUGUGCUAGAAUGGGGGAACCGGGUGGUAAUACCGAGUGGUUGGAUUUCAACUGUAAUAAGACUCAAAGAAGAAUAUGUGAGACAAAAUCGCCCUUGUGAAACAGUAUCUUAAAGAAACUCAACAGUUCCUUAAAUAUGUCUCUGAACAACACCAAAGUAGUUUUUGCUGGCAUUGAUAAAAAGGAGGAGAAACUGUAUUGUGACUGGUUUACAGGAGAUUACUGCUGAUAUUUACAUCUUUCUUUGUACAUACAUGUUUUAUGCUUUUUAUGCUACGGUGUGAAACAAACCAAAUCCCCAACUGAGUCUAAUGAAAAACAUGUCAGAUAUAUUCAGUUCACGCCUCUUCACUUCUCAGUAGGCUACAGGUGUUGGAUCUUAAUUUGCAGAGUAUUGUUGUUGCAAUAAGAUUUGAACUUUAGUCCUUCAAUCAAGUCAAAUGUUGCUUGAUUGGUGGUUAAGCUGUUAGCUGGCCAAAUUUAGGCUACAUGAAAAGUGCAAUAUUGUUAAUUAAGUUUGUGGGUUUUCAAUUAAUUUAUGUAAAUCAUGAAACAUAUCUGCAUUUUGCGGUGCAGGAAAAUUCUCAGCAACAAAAGAGUGAUAAAAUAAAAUCCUACACCUGUACAUCAUCCUCAGUUUGUUUUGUACAUGUAUAUUUCUGCUUAUCAGUGCUGUCUCUAGGCUAGUCAUUUGAGAAAAAAAUAUUGUGUGUGUAUCCAAACAUCAAGAAACCAUUGAAUUAAUAAA